AAAUAUUUGCUUCGAAAGUUUCCCAUUUGCUUUUCCCAUACUCUUCUUUCAAUUCUUCUCUUAAACCUUGCUAUUUCCCAGAAAAGAAAGCCAUGGACAAGUGCCGCAGAAAGCAAGAAAAGACUGAAAGCUCUUACUCGGAAGAGGUGAGCAGCAUUGAAUGGGAGUUCAUAAACAUGUCAGAACAAGAAGAGGAUCUCAUUUACAGAAUGUACAAACUGGUGGGAGACAGAUGGAGUCUGAUAGCAGGUAGGCUUCCAGGUCGAAAGGCUGAAGAAAUUGAGAGGUUUUGGAUUAUGAGACAUUCUCAAGUGUUUGCUAGCAGAAGACAAGAAAAGCCUACCAGAUGUGAAUCCUAAUUUUAUAUAAUAAUGCCCUCUUCUUCUUCUUCUUCUUCUGUUUCUUUUGUUUUCAAGAACAGCUUCCUUAAUUAUUUCUCAACUCUUUUUGUAUCCCUUUUUUGUUUUCCGAUGCUAUUUGGCUAAUCCGCUUAAAUAUUAGGUUUAUUUUCCGGAUUUUUUAAAUCGAUAAAUUGCAAAGAUGAAAAUAAAAAAAAAUUAACUUUACUAUUUUGUCGUCA